AUCAUCAGCUAGCUUUCCUAUAUAUCACCACCCAAAGAAAUCAAACUGAACACACCACCACAAUGACGGACCAAAACAAGAAGAUUCACCCGGUGACCAACCAAGAAGACAUAGAGGCUGCCGUCCCGACCGCGCCACUCGUCCCCCGUGGCUCCUCCAAGUCCGACCACGGCGACCCAGCCGCAGCCGCUGCACCACCACCGCUACCAUCCUAUCCUAUUCCCUUCAACAGACGCUCCAAGCCACCAAAGUCAACCAGACCACGCCGCGGCUGCACCUGCUGCCGCUGCCUCUGCUGGACGCUCUCCAUCCUCCUCGUCCUCAUCAUCGCCGUAGCCGCCACGGCCGGGAUCCUCUACCUAGUCUUCCGCCCCAAGCUCCCCGACUACUCCAUCGACCGCCUCGAGAUCACGCAGCUCACCCUCCGCAACGACACCGCCACCGCGGCCGCCAGCCUGGCCGCCGCGUUCGACGUGACGAUCACUGCGCGGAACCCGAACAAGAGGAUCGGGAUAUACUACGAGGGAGGGAGCAGGAUCGGGGUGUUCUUCUCCGGGACCCAGCUCUGCCAGGGGGCUCUGCCGAAAUUCUACCAGGGACACCGCAACACGACGGUGCUGAACGUGCCGCUGGCCGGGGAGAGCAGGGACGCGGCGGCGCUGUUUGGGGAGAUGCAGAGGGAGCAGCAAGCGAAUGGGUUUGUUCCGCUGGAUUUGAGGGUGAGGCAGCCGGUGAGGAUUAAGGUUGGGAAGCUGAAGCUGAUGAAGGUGAGGUUCGUGGUGCGGUGCCGGCUGAAUGUGGAUAGCUUGGCGGCGAAUAACAGGAUCCGGAUUAGGAACAGCAGCUGCAACUUCAGGUUGAGGCUCUGAAUUUUUGGUUUAGUGCAUUGGAUUUCGUAUACAGUCGAGUCGAGGUCACUUUUUUUUUUUGGACGUCCAUUUUUAUUUAUGAUUUUUAUGAUUACGUAUGUAAUUAGUAUUAUUAUUAUUGUUGUCACUUUUCAUGUACGAUCAUACACAUACAGGCCCUACAUAUUAUGAAUAUACAUGGAGAUUUAUU